GGCAUACAAACACAGUCCUUGCCUUAUAGGCUACAAAACUGUCAGAUUAUAAACCAUAAGAACCAGAUACCAAAUACAUUAAGCGGAGAAUGACUGAAGUGAAAGAGGUGCCAUCCAAGUUUCUACCCCCGGAAUGGUGGCUGACAAAUCAGAUACACUAUGAGAGUGCGGAGAUGGAGCGUGCGCGGUCUGAGCGUCUUAUCGCAGAGAGCCAGGCGCUGGUGGAAGAAAGUGACAAGGCAGCACAACGCAUGCAACAGGAUGUUAAAAAGAAGCUGGAGCAGAGGAUCCAGGACAUCAAGUUCUGGAAGCAGGAGCUGAACAAGAAGCUGGGGGAGAUGGUACAGGAGAUUGAUGUGCUACUGACCUUCAGGACCAGGGUUGAGAGGGCUCUAGAGAGCUGCUCGGAGCCCUUGCGAGUCACUCUGCAGUGUCUGGCUGAGAGGGAGAAGCGUGUGGGGAUUGACCUGGUGCACGAUGAAGUUGAGAGGGAACUGAUAAAGGAAAAGGAAGUGAUUGAGGGAGUGACCUCACUGCUGAAACGCAGCCUGGAGCAGACCAAUGAGCAGAUCAGACUGAACCGUUCUGUGAAGUACCACCUAGAGAAUGACCUGCGGAACAAGUUCCAGACAGAGCAGAUUGAUGACUACUGCUCCAUCCUCACCAGCACCUCUCCUAGCCUCUGCAAAGCUGAGGAUAGGUACCACAGCACUGCAAGUACCACUGUGACCCCAAAGGAGUGGGAAACAUUCUGCAACAUGAACAUCACAAAGGCUGAGCAAGAGAAGAACAACUCCCUGUCGCUUAGAGUCCUACUGGACAGCCUGUUAGAGCAGACUGCCACAGAUAUGCUCAGACAGAAUCAGACUGUAGGGGCUGCACUGGAGCUGCACAUUCAGGACACAAAGAACGCCAAGGAGCAGCUGGAAGACCACUUGGUAAAGGUGCUAUCAGAAAUUUCAAGCCAGGAGAGCAACCUGGCAUCUCUACGAUUGGCCAUUGAAGCCAAGCAGGGGCCCCUCCAAGUUGCACAGACCCGACUGGCGGCUCGCAGUCAGAGGCCUAACGCCGAGCUCUGCCACGACCCUGCACACGUGCAGCUGUUAGCAGAGGUCCAGGAGCUCUCUGAUCAGAUCAAGAGGCUCACUGCGAGCCUGUCCCAGGCGGAGAUGGAGCUUCGAGCCCUGACCCGGACCCAGUUGUCCCUGGAGGAGCACAUCCAGGUCAAGUCACACUCCCUCUACAUCGGCGAGGUCAUCUGCAGGCAGCUCCGCCAGCCCGUCGUCAUUCACAAAUUUUGA